AUGGUCUGGACCAUUCCUUUACCCAGAGCUACAGUGAGAGUAACACCAGACAGAUCUGUGCUCAUUGGAGAGACAGUCACUCUGAAGUGUGAGAUAGAUCAGUUCAGAUCAUUAAACUGGAGAUAUCAGUGGUAUAAAAACACAACUGCAGUGUUAAACUUUGAGAAUUACACUGUAAACAGAGACUCUCUCAAUAUCACUGGAGUUACUGAAUCUGAUAAGGAUGAGUUCAGCUGUAGUGCAGAGAUACACGGACGACCAAAGACUUCACUAUCAAGCUCUGCUGUUCAUCUCAUUGUAAAAGGUAAAGUCUCUCAGUCUCCCUCAGCUGUCAGUCCACAGCAAAACAUCAGUCGGACAUCAGAUCAGAAACAAAGUGAAGAUGUUUACACUCCGCUGCAGUUUGAAAGACCAACACCUCAAGUGUUUGUUUGGCCUGGUGAUCAUGUAUACAGAGGAGAAACUGUCAAUCUCAUAUGUGUCAUCAAUAGAGGAGGAGUCUGCGGCGGGCAGUACAGCUGGUAUAAAGAUGAUUCAAUCAUCCAGCAUUAUGAACAGAUUUACAUAAUCAGAUCUUUUAAUGAGUCUCACGCAGGUAAAUACACCUGUAGAGGAAAUGAGACCAAUGGAUUACAAUACUCAGACAUCAGAAAUGCAGUUACACUGAGAGUAUCAGGAUCUUCUGGUCUGAUAGUUGGAGUGGUUGUCGGACUGAGCGUCUUGUUUUUAAUCAUUUUCUUGGUUUUGCUGUGGUGGUACAAAAACAAAAAAGGUAAAGUCUCUCGGUCUGCCUCACCUGUCAGUCCACAGCAGAACAUCAGUCCGACAUCAGAUCAGAAACAAAGUGAAGAUGUUUACACUCCACUGCAGUUUGUACAUGCUGAUAUUUAUGACUCUAUUGGUGCAACAGAUAAUAAAGACAAAAACUCAGACAAUGUAAGUGAAUCAGAGAGGAGAUAAAGAUUGCUUCUGGAUCUGUUUAUUUGACUUAAAACACGAGAAAGAGGAGAAAAAGACGGCAAUACAUUAACUAAUGUUUAAUAUUAUUAAUACAAACCUUCAUGUGCUUCAGAGUCAAAUCUUGCAAAUCUUUGAUUCUCUAAUAGCAAACGAUUUUGUGUCAUUAUCAGCAGUGUAAUGAUUUCGGACAGACUGUAAAGUUAAUGGAAAUAUGAGAGUUAUGAGAGAGUUAUCUUUUUUAUAAACUUUUUAUAUGUUGACUUGAUGUUUAAUUGUUUAACAGGUGAUAUUCAUAUGAUAGCUAGUUAGUUACAGUCAUAACAUUUGUUCUCAGCUACUGAAGUGUCUUGUGAUAAUUUUGGCCUUUGCCAGUUACAAUCACCUGGAGAGUAAAGAAAACAGGAUUGAUUAUUACCAUUAUGUCUUGAUCUGAGAAGUUUAAAGAUAACAUGACUGUAAAUAUGUUGAAAGGAUACUCCAGUCAAAUAUCAAAAUUAUCCCAUGAUUUAUUCACCAUCAAGCAAUCCAAGACAAAUAUAUCCAUCAUCUUUUUCUCUUUUCAAAGACUGAACUCUUUUGGCUCGGCUGCCUUAGAAGAGUCGACUCCUAAAUGGUUUUUCAUUAAGUAUCACUCAGAGCUUCUAUAUUAGCCCAAUUUACCAGUUGUGAAUGUUUUGUCUGUUGGUAGGCAAUUUUUAAUUCAGUGUUUUCAUAAAAGCCUCAUUUUUAUGCAUUUCUUUGUUACAAAAAUACACCAAUUCAUGUUCCGUUUACAUUUUUUCAAAAUGAUAGUUGAUUAGCUGUAAUCACAAGCUACCUUUUUACAAAAAUUCAUCACUUUCAUAUGUAACUAGAACCGACAAUCGGUCCGGCAUGCAGGUUUACCACACUGCUUUCACACACAAGCUGGCCUCCAUUACAAACUCAAACGGCAUCGCAAUACUGUCAUGGAAAAGCGAAAGCAGCAUUAUGGGAUUAAAUACCUUUGUUUAAACGGUGGUCUAAAAAUCUGAAAUAUUCUAAUUAUUGCUAAUACUGAAGUCUAGCCAGUUCCUGUUCCCGUCUGUGGUUUUCCCUGUUGUUUCCUUGUCUUUGUUUUUUGAGGGCUUACCAGUGUUUUUGACCUCCGCAUGUUUUUCGGACUUAUGAUUGUGUAUUACUCUUUUAUAAAGUUUGCAUUUGGAUCCCCAUUCUUUUUGUCCUUGUGUAGACUGUGAUGAGGUCAAAUGAGGUGGGUCAAAAAGAUCUUUUAUUUAUUUAUCUUUUAAUUUGAAUGUAUUACUACAGUUUUUAAAAAUAGAAGA